CGCUCUCUCUCUCUCUCUCUCUCUCUCUCUCUCUCUCUGUCUCUCUCUCUCUCUCUCUCUCUCUCUCUCUCUCUCUCUCUCUCUCUCUCUCUCUCUCAGAAAAAAAAGGACACAGGAUGUCAACUUGCGGACUUGUCGGCUUCCCGCGGCCGUCUGGGUAAAGACAGCGCAGCCGAGCGUUAACAGGAGCCGAAGAAGAGUGCCGGAGGAGCGUCAGCGUCGGAGCUGUUGAUAAUAAUUCACACUUCACUUUGACCGCAAAGUGGGAAAAAAAGAGAGAGAUUCCUGUGGCUGCGGGAUCAGACGGCGUCCACAUUCCCCCCUCACCUGAAGUGUCCCUUACCUUCCCCGGCUCUCUGACGGAAAACCACCUGACACACUUGAAGAGCUUUUUGCCUGAGGCGACACAGAGCUCAUAUAUAAAGCAGGGACAAGGACAUUAACACGCUGAGAAGUGGAAACAUCAACCAUGGAGGUCUAUACCACUUCGAGGAAACUUACUUUGCUCUCUUUCACCUUCCUGUGGGGGCUCUCCCGCGUAUGGGCUCAGAUCACGAUGCCUGAGACCAGUAUGGAUGUGAUCAAAGGUCAGAUGGUGGUGCUGAGGGCGUCCUACAGUCCUGUGUCGAGCGGAGACCUGAGCACCAACACCAUCCUCUGGAACUUUGUCACCGACAACACACAGCUGAUCAUCUCCUACACCAAAGACUCCAUCAGCGUGGGCAGCGCACAGUUUAGAGGCCGUGUUGGUUUUACAGCCAACAUGCCAUCACGUGAUGUGUCGCUGUACAUCAACAACACACAGGAGUCCGACUCAGGACGCUACCUCUGCCAGGUCAUCGUCCCUGAUAAUCCUUUCCCCCCUGUCGAACUCACUCUGGAUGUGAAGGUGCCUCCUGCUGUUCCCAAGUGCUCUAUGUCAGGGAAGGCGGUGCUGAAGGGAAACGUGACUCUGACCUGUAACUCGAGCUCUGGAAAGCCAAUUCCUUUGUACAAAUGGAGGAAAACCAGUCCCACCUCAGAGGUCUUCUUCUCUCCCAUGCUCAAUGAGAAGAUGGGCACACUGAGGUUGAGCAACCUGAGCAGCAACAUGUCAGGGAAAUACGUGUGCACGGCCAGCAACUCAGCCGGGUCAGAGAGCUGCUUCAUUAACCUGGACAUCACUUCCUCCAACAAUGUUGGGAUGAUUGUUGGGGCUGUAGUGGGCUCAAUAGCUGGCAUCAUCUUCCUCCUCCUCCUCGGCUGGUUCUUCUUCCUGAUGAAGAGGCGCAGAGACAACGAAGACGACAUGGCCAACGAGAUCAAGGAGGACGCUCAGGCCCCGAAGCGUGUGUCCUGGGCAAAGAGCGGCAUGGGCUCCGACAUCAUCUCAAAGAACGGCACCUUGUCCUCCAUCGCCUCCAGCCCCCACCACAAAGAGCCCCCCCACCACCACCACCACCACCACAACAACCACCACCACCUGCAGCAGUACCCGCAGCGCCCCCCCUCCGACACCGCCUCCAUCAUCACCGCCACGGGCAGCACGGCCGGCUACAGACCGUCCCGCCACCACGGAGCCUCCACCCCCACCCACUACAGCUACAACAACAACACCACCCUGCCCCGCGAUCAGCCCGUCCCCUCCGAGGCCACCACCAACGGGAGCUCCCUGCCCAGACCGGAACGCUACGCACAGCUGCCUCAGGCUCAGGCGCUGCCACUGACCUACAGCCAGCCUCAGCUGCAGCUACAGACCACGCCUAUACCCCCGCCGCUGCCCACCUCCACCGUCACCGCCUCCAACAUCGCCCGCAUGGGAGGGGUGCCCAUCAUGGUGCCUGCACAGAACCAAGCCGGAUCUCUUGUCUAACGCAAAAUACAGACAAGUACUGUCCCUUUAAGACAUCGCAUAUGGUCUUCUGAUUUUUUUUGUAAAGGGAACGCUUCAACUUCUAUUUAGCAAAAUUACAUUAAAAAAAAAAAAAAAUCACUUUAUUGACGCUUUCAUGGCAAGACCACAGACACAGACUGUUUCCUUACUUCAAGUAUACUCAAGCCUUUUAUAUUCUGUAUGCACUGUAUACAUUACAAACGGUGUAUGGAUAUAGUUUUCAUACAUUUGCCCUCUUUUUCUACUUUAUCAAAGCAUUUCUAAUGUUUUUUUUUAUUACGUAUCUUUUAAACGCUGUAUUCUAUAUUUCUUCCUGCCAUACUAAUUCAAAAUGGAUGAUCAUUUGGAGGCUUUCAAACAUCUGUAAGCCCCACAGAUGAAUAGACAGAUUGAUGUUCUCCAUCCAUCAUAUUUACUUUAAAAAGAACUACCUUAAAGAGUUCAAUGUAAAGCACAUUGUUUCAGUACUGUUCAGAGCAGAACAUGUAGCUCAGAAGGAAACGAGUGAGGCCUGGUUUUUUAGUGAAUUGAAAACCUAUUGCUGAGUGUUUUUCUGCAGCAGACUUGUGGAGAGAAAGAUAAGACUACAAUAUACAUAUGAUCAAGUAUCCUAAUCCUUUUCUUGGCUUUACUUCUGUCAGUGGUUCAGUUUUAUAAAAUGCUCUUAGACUCACAGAUUAGCGAAAGCUUCUUAUGAUAUUGAGCACUAUUCAGAGCUGCAGUUUGGUGACUUUGCUAAGUCCGCACUUGAGUUGUUAUAAUUUUUAAGUUGCCUGCAGAAUAGAAAUUGUAAAUAGGAUAUUUAUUUUUGGGUUAAUUUUGCUCCGCACAGAAGCCUGUAUGGGACAUAUUAAUACGUUUUUAUGUUUUAACUGCAACACUGGAUACUGAACCAAAGAUAUACAGGAAGUCACGCUUUAUUAUUUUAGUAGUAAACAUGAUAUGUUCCACUUUUGAUUGACAUUGACCAGAAAUAUUAACAGGACCCUGAAAAACUUCCACAACUCUCAAGUUGCUGUGUUUUUAAUAUGCCUUGGUAUUGAUCUUCUACCAUUUUCUAUUAUGAUUACAGGGGGAGAUACACAGUUUCCCCUGAGUAUUUCAUGGACUGUAUUUAAAAAGUGGAUGUAGCCACAGAGAUCUAGAGUUGUUCUCCAUCUCCAUCUUGGUUUCCAUGGAGACAGAAGUGACCGAGAGGGUUGAGCUGUAGAGAGGAGAGGAGCUGGGACAUGCUGACUUUUAGGUACAGCUGGAUGGGGUUUCAUGGUCAAGUUGUAAUUUACAAUAAGUGUUCUAGUAACUAGAGUGCUCAUUUUUGCCUGCCAAAAUCAGCCUUUACAGAAAAAUGAACUUUAAAAAAAUGAUCAUUCAGUGUUUCCCCGACGCAGAGUGUCUUUUAUUUCAAAUACUGAAUAAAACAUUUUCCAGGGUUGGAACGAUAGAAACUUGGUAACAUCAAGGAGGUCACGCUCCGAAGCAAACCCUAGAAAUAUUGUUGCAUAUUUUGUUUAACCCCUGUCAGAGUUUUUAGCUGGAUAUGAAACAGACUCAACUUAAUAUUGUUGCCUCUUUAAAACCUACAAAAGCAAACAAGACAAAAAGAGAGAGCAUUACUUUACUGUAGGUGUUCUUAAUGUCUGUGCAUCACAGGAGGAGAUCAACAACACUCUGCAGAAACAGCUUGUUUUACAUUUCCCAUGGAAAAGAUUCUCAAUAAAUGAGACUCUUGACCUUUGAAAGAAAUCAGGAUCAGAUUUCUGUUUGAAAUAUAUAUCAACACUUCUUACAAAUGUACAGGACAAAAUCAUAAGACUUUGACCCAUGUCUCAUCUGUUAACAUGGAGGAGGCGGAGCUUAUCACCCGUACUGCAGCCAGUCAACAUAGUGGGCUUCAAAUAUUCUGCCUUCACUUUUGGGGAGCUGUCAUGUUGUUCAUAUAUUUUUGUAUGGUUUAUUUGUGGGCUUGUAAGCCUUUAUUUAGAGAUAAGACAGUGGAUAGAGUCAGAGAGAGAGAGAGAGAGUGGGGAAUGACAUGCAGGAAAGUAGCCACAGGUCAGAUUUGAACCCAGACUGCCCGCUUGGAGGACUACAGAAUUCCGUAAAUGGGGCGCGUGCAUUACCACUAUUGGUGCUCCAUGUCAUUCAUCUUUUAAUACAGUCUGUGUUGGACAUCUAGAGGCCACACCCCUUUUUGUUAUAUACAGUCUAUGAAUGCAAAUUUAAAACAACGUACAGGAAAUGGUAAAACAUCGAUGUCGGCUCAAUACGACUUAACAGAUUCAUUUUGUACUUCUCUAACUUCUGGCUCUAAAAGUAAAUAUCUUGGCUUAGUUAAACAAAAUGAUUCAUGUAUUACACCGCCAUGACGUUGAGAUUAGCACCAAAGUUAUAUACUGCUCUAUACAUAAAGAAAUGUAAAGGAAAAAGGGAAAUCAAUUUUUGAUUGUGUAUUUCUUCUUUCUGUUCACACACGUCUGCUAUGUAAAAUUUGGAUUUGGAAAAUAGAAUUUAAAAAUGUAUUUAUUGGAAGUGAUCAUGCUAUCUAUCCUGCUGUAAUGUCGUUACACUGGAGCAUUAUGUCUAAUGUUUUGCAUUUUUUAAAUUAUGCACAGAAAGUCAGAAUAACAACAAAGAAAUCUGAGAAAUGUGUUGAUAUUGACGGGAAACAUAAGAGCAUUGUAUGCAGAUUAUUCCUCAAAGAAAACACAAACCUGACAGACAACAUGCGAGACGGGGGUAGUUUUAUGUAGUUUUAUCUUGAAGCCGUGUCGUUGUGUUGAGAUGUUUUGAAUACAACAGAGCAGGAUGAGUGAAGUUAAAGUGAUGACGAGCUCAAGUCUUUACAACCACAGCUCACAGAGCAUCUGUUUGAAAACGUGUACAUUAUGAACAUUCAAAUGUAUUCAAGACAAGCCUUUAUUUUUCUACAGUCAUGUUUAAGAGCACAGGAUAUUAUACGUAGCCGAUGUUUCUUACUCGCUGUCCGUGAGUUAUAAACUAUGAUGGAUUGUAAAACCACUUUGGACAAACUGGUGGCCGAACUCCUGCGCGUGUUACAGUAUAGGACGUAGCUGUGGACAUUAAUGUGCAGUUUAUCCUCCAUAUUUGUGUUCAUGGAAAAUGCUUUGUAUGAAUAUUUUCAAAUAAAAGAGAUAUUGUAA